CACCUCUGCUUUUUCUCCUCAAGUUCAUGCAAUACCUCCUGCCUAGCCAAACCAAAUUCUAGUGAGAGAAACUACAUUUUCUAGAGAGAGAAAAAAAACACAAAAAGUAUAACAAGAGAGAAUGAAUGUGCAGAGUUGGAAGAAAAUACUACUCAUAAUCCUCUCUUUCAUUUCAAUUUUCGGAUUAUUUAUCCUCUUCAUAAUUCCAGAUCAUUUUUCAAAGGUUUCGAUUUCUCACUCGAGUUCAUUGCCAUCUUCUUCCUCGUUAUCACUGAUCGAUGAAGCCGAUCAACAACGGAGAGUUUCGAGGAAAAUUACUAGCAGUUUGGGGAAAAUUGAAGCUGGAUUAGCUAAAUCUCGAGCGUUGAUUAUUAAAAAAUCUGGUGCUAAUCGAACGGUUGAUGAUCAUGAUGAAGAUUAUGUGCCUUCUGGUUCGGUUUAUUGGAACCCUGAUUUGUUUCACAGGAGUUACCUAGUGAUGGAGAAAGAGUUGAAGAUAUAUGUUUAUGAAGAAGGCAACCUGCCAGUUUUUCACGAUGCACCUUGUGAUGGGAUUCUUGGAAUGGAAGGAAUCUUCAUAAACGAUAUGGAAAUUAGUCGGUUUCGUACAAGAGACCCUGAUGAAGCUCAUCUUUUCUUCCUCCCGUUUAGCAUUGUGUCCAUCGUUCAUUAUGUUUUUGAGAGAGAAACCCGACUUUGGAGUGAUAUGAAGAACACUGUCAUCGACUAUGUUAAUGUCAUAGCCGAGAAAUAUCCAUAUUGGAACCGAAGCCGUGGUGCUGAUCACUUCAUGCUUGCUUGUCAUGAUUGGGGGCCUGAAAUCUCAUCUGCGAUUCCUACCUUAUACAAGAACUCCAUUCGAGCUCUUUGUAACGCGAACACUUCAGAAGGAUUCAACCUUACAAGAGACGUCUCAAUCCCAGAAAUAUAUCUUCCUCAUGGUACAACCAAAGGGUUGCUAGGUGGUCCUUCCCCAUCCAAACGAACCACCCUAGUCUUCUUUUCCGGUGGUGUUCAUGGCUACAUACGCGAAGUACUUCUUGACCAUUGGGAAAACAAGACUGAAGACGGUGUCAAGAUCCAAAAAUACCUCUCAAAGGGCGAAGAUUAUUACGAUGAGGUAAGAAAAAGCAAGUAUUGCAUUUGCGCAAGUGGUUGGGAAGUGGCGAGCCCAAGAAUGGUGGAAGCGUUGUACAUGGGUUGCGUACCCGUCCUCAUAAAGGAUCAUUAUGCAAAGCCAUUCAACGACAUACUGGAUUGGCGCAAGUUUUCAAUCGACAUUGGACUUGAAAACAUCCCUAAUUUGAAAACCAUUCUAAUGAGAAUCUCUCAAAGAAAGUACAUUAGAUUGCAAAGAAAUGGUGUUCAAGUUCGAAAGCAUUUUGUGGUAAAUUUACCUCCCAAGAGAUAUGAUGUUUUUCAUAUGAUUCUACAUUCUAUAUGGCUAAGAAGAUUGAAUACUCGUAUUCAUGAUCCUCACCAACCAUGAUAAAUUAUCUAGGUUAUUGGAUAACUAAAUACAUGUAUUAGUUUGUGAGAAACAACUUAUGAUAAGUAAGUUUAUAGACAAGUAUAAGUUGAUGUGACAUUAGGUUAUUGGAUAAUUAAAUACAUGUAUUAGUUUGUGAGAAACAACUUAUGAUUUGUAAUAUUAUGCAGUAGUAAGAUUCUUUUGGUAA